AUGAUCCUCAACCUACUGACAACCGCAUUGGUGCUGGCCAUCCUCGGGGUGGUCCUGCUCCUCAUCGCCUACCUGACUUCACUUGCUAUCCUUCUCUUUGUCCCAUGGACACAAGCAUAUCUUGUCUUUGCCCACUGGCUACGACUCCAGAACCCGGCAAGACUCCUCACCCCCGAAGCAUACACCCUCGCCCAUGGACUUCGGUUGGGCGCAUGGCACAUUCUUCCAAAGGACACACACAGGACGAUACUCGAACAAAUCCGCGCCAACGAACCCCUCUCGCCCCAACCCCAGACCAACGAGGAGGCAUAUACCACCUCUGACAAAGUCAAUGCUGCUACAGACGCCAUUUUUGAAGAUGCUCUCGCUGCUGCAGACAGAGUCGUCCUCUACUUUCACGGUCAAGUCGGUGAUCGCGGUACUUCGACAAGAAUUGUAACAUACAAGGGGAUUCAGGAGUCAAUGCCGACGGCACACAUCAUCACAAUUGAUUGCAGAGGAUAUGGAGACUCGGACGGAUUCCCUUCAGAGACUGGCUUCAAAAUGGACGCUAUUGCAGCCUGGGGUUGGCUGACUCGUCGCAUUGCUUGCGAAAAGGUUGUUAUCUAUGGACACUCACUCGGCUCAGGAAUCGCCACCAACCUCUGUCUGCAUCUGGAGGAGCAGCAGUUCUCGCCUCUGGCCCUGGUCCUCGAUGCCGCAUUCACAUCUAUGCCCGACAUGAUGACCGCCUACCGGAAAAUACCCAUCGUCCAACCUUUUGCACGCUUCCCGUUUUUGCUUAAUCACUUCAAGAUGAGACUCAUGGACCGAUUUGAGACUGUGCGGGCUGUUGAAACGAUACAAUCGCCCCUCUUGCUGAUCCACGGAGACGAAGACGCCGAUGUACUCAUCUCCAACUCUCAUACCCUUUUCCACACUGCCUUGACAGCACGUCGACUUCAGACCAACAACAAGGAGAUGACGGUGACCGAAGCAGGAGAGGCGGCAUCAGCGGAGGAAGAGAUGGCAAGGGCAGGUUUGGAGCUGACCUUUCAGCAAAGUCACACGACUGGCCGGGACGCUGGUUUGCUCGAGCAGAAACUUUUACAGCGAUCUGCGCUCAAACAACACAAUGGUGAGCUUUACGACAGCGUUUUUAAGGAAUCGACACUACCUCAAGGGUCUCGCCCAUCAUCCUUUGGCGACGACUCUGGACUGGGAAGCGAGGUGACUAGCGGUCACAAUAGUCACUUUGCAACAUCACCGACACCGACGCUGCAUGGGCCUAGGGAGGACUUGGCGUCGCUAAAGGAAGGAUUCGAACAGACCGGUGGAUAUGGAUACGGACCGUGCCAUACGGUUCAGCUGGAUUUCCCACGGGAGGGGUCGCUGGAGUAUAAUCAGGAGUACCAGAUUGGAUUCGUGACGGUCCAGUACGCCGUUCAUAGCAACUGCAUGGAUUUUGCGAUUGCUAAGGAGGUUUUGGGCACAUUCCUGACGACAGUUGAGAAUUGGCGGGAGGCACGGAGACCAUCGUUCAAGAUGGACAGCAGGGACAAGGCCGAGGAUGAUGUUGUUGAUGAAGGAACAAGAACGAGGAAGAGGACGACGAUGAGUCUGAAUGAGAGGAAGAAGAGGAAGGAGAGGCUAGUUGAGCAGCAGGACUUGGCAAAGAUGUUGUGCCGAGAUCGAUAUGUCCAACAGUCCGAAGUGCCCGAGGUUGUCGAGUGA